AUGUUAAUCCCGUCCCAUUUCCAUCCACUCGACUCCGCCGAUCACGAUGCCAACAACGCAGGCGCGUACUGCAUCCUCUUCCUCGCCGCCUCGCACAUCCUCCUCCGGCGCAAGCGCGGCCACCGCCUGCGCGACCCGCUCGUCUGGGCCAACACCGCGCUCUUCCUCACCUGCUCCGCCCACUUUGCCCUCGAGUUCAACCACUUCCACACCACGCUCGCCGCCACCGGCGUCCCCGGCUACGCCAACGAGACCAAGCCGCUCUUCGCCGCCGACCUCUUCAUCUCGCUCGCCGACUUGCUGGGAGAUUUCGUCCUCAUCUACCGAUGCUACCUCGUCUGGGGCCGCGCGUGGUGGGUGACGGUGCUGCCCACGCUGACCGCCGUUGCCGGGUUCGCAUGCAUCAUGGAGCUCCUCCACCUCCUCCUCUCGAUCAACCCCUCCUCGCCCACCGCCCCGCCGCAGAUCGUCCCGCUCGGCAUCGCCGGCUACGUCCUCCCGCUCUCCACCAACGUCUUCGUCACCGCCCUCAUCGCCGCGCGCAUCUUCUGGAUCGCGCGCGCGAGCCGCGAGUACUCCGACCUCACCUCGUCCGCGCAGACCGUGCACCGCGCGAUCAACGUCGUCGUCGAGAGCGGCGCGCUCUACCUCGCCGUGCAGCUCACCUUCGUCGUGCUCUUCGCGAUGCAGCACCCCGCGCAGGCGAUCCUCGCCGUCAUCGCGGUCCAGGUCUACGUGAGUCUCUCGCCCCUCCCCCUCCCCCUCCCCCUCCCCCGCCCCCGCUGA